AUGUUUAUGAAUUUCAUUAAAGAAGCCAUUUGUGAUAAUAAUGAUGAAGUGUAUAAAUACCUACUCGGCUGGAUUGCAUCAAUGAUUCAACAUCCUGGAAUCAAGAAUGAAACAGCAAUUAUUUUGAAAGGACUUCAGGGAACAGGUAAAAACAGAUUCACAGACAUUAUUUCUGAACUUCUCGCUGGUUAUUCAUGUAAAAACAUUACUGAAAUAGGUGAGCUAACGGGUAAUUUCAACUCAGUAGUUGAGAAUAAAAUGUUUCUUGUACUUAAUGAACUCAAGAAUGUAGGUGAAGACAGACUCGCAAACUUCAACGCUUUGAAAUCAAUUAUUACGGAUAAUGAGAUUAGAAUUAAUGAAAAGAAUCAACCCAGAAGAACAGCUCAGAAUGUUGCAAACUUCAUUUUCGUAACUAACAACGUUUACCCUGUCAAAAUUGAAGUUGGAGACAGAAGAUAUGUAGUUUUAAGAGUUAAUGGUAAAUUCAAGGGUCAAUUUGAUUACUUCAAGAAUUUGAUGAAUUCAUGCACAAAGGAAUUUUAUGAUAAUUUACUGACGUAUUUUAUCAAUUAUGACCUUUCAUCAUUUAAUGUACGAAUCAUACCGAUGACUGAAGCCAAACAAGAUUUAAUUGAAUUAUCAUCAAAUCCUUUAGAUGUAUGGAUAAAUACACAUUAUGAUGAAUUGUGUGCAGGUAUGACAUGUAAAAAUGCUCUAUUCUGCAAACCAUCAGACAUGAAAGACAAAAAUUUUCAAAUGAGUAUUAAGGAUAAAUGUGAUAGGAAACAUAGAAGAAUAGAUGGUAAACAAACAUGGUGUUAUGUUUUGAAAGAAGAAAUGAAAGGAUUAUAUAAACAGGUUGAACCAAACGAUAAUGAGGAUUCAUUUACUGAUGAUGAAAUACCUGUAAAUGAAGCUUUAUAA